AUGCGGACAUUACUGAUAUGUAUGCUGUGUGCAGUGACAGCUUAUGCUCAAUAUGAUUCGCCUACGCCGCCGAGGCUUCAAAUUCCCGGCGCCCUCUUAGGAGGAGUAAGGCAAGGAGGAUUUAGACAAGGAAGAUUACAAGCUGCUCCAGUACCUGGAGGAGCAAAUAGAAUAAGGAGGCCUGGGCUUGCCAGACCCUCUUUCAAAUCUGUAGACGCAUCCCCACGUCCAAGUCUUCAGUCUCUUGACGAACCAACAAAACCCGUCACAGAGGAACCUGAAGAGGAAAUUGAAAUCAACACUCCAACUGCGUAUGUACCAAAUGUUUUCUCCACAGCAGAGCCACAAAACGAUUUUUAUGAUAUUACAACCACAUCACAACCAAAACCUCCAGCAAUUUACAACUCUUCACCAUUUCAACAAACUACGCCAUCGGCUCCUAAACCUGAGCCAGUGAGACCUACCCAAUACCGGCCAUUGGUACCUCAAUCCUUUAGUCCCGUAAGAAAUGAACCAGCGAGACCUCAACCUGCCAGACUGCAACCUCUGUCCAGCAGACCUCAGAGACCUGCGUUCAGGCCAGAGCCAAAGCCUUUUGUAGACGAAGACGAUGACUACAUUCAACCUGUAAGACAGUACUCUCGGCCACAAGAACCAAUUCGAGCACCUGUAAAAAGUUCACCUCAACAAAAAUACACUUCUAGUAAUUCUCGAGAAAAGAAGCCUGUAGCUCAGACUAUACGCAAAUUCAGAGAUGAAAAUGAAGAUGGAAGUAUUUCUUGGGGAUUUGAGAAUGACGAUGGAUCUUUUAAAGAAGAAACAAUUGGUGUAGACUGUAUUACUCGCGGAAAAUACGGAUACGUCGAUCCCGAUGGUCUGAAACGAGAAUAUAAUUACGAGACUGGAAUAGCCUGCGAUAAGACCAAAGAAGACAAGGAACAAAAAGGUUUCAUUGACUACCAAGAAAACAAAGCAGUACUGCCUAAUGGCAUAACAAUAGAUCUCGCUGCGAUGGGUAAAAAAUCAAGAAGGCCAUUCAGAUCAGCGGGUAAUCAG